AUCCUUUGCUGCAGUGUGGCUUGCUGCAGUCUUUUCAACAGACGCUGAGAAAAAGAUGUCCUGUAAGAUAAAGAUUGAUUGGUCUGAAUACGGAAGGGGGUCUCCUACUUGUUAAUGACCCAGAAACAUUCCUGCCGACUUUCCUGAGCCUUCUCUCAUUUCCUCCAUUUUUUUUUUUCUCUUCUUCCUCUGUCCUGUUCAUGAGCUGGCACAUCUCUACUUAGAGCAGAAGAUAAUGCUGGGCUUCUGAUGAUGGCUGCAGUGCAUGCAGCGUGCAGGGUCGAGGACAGCCGGCCCCCCAUGUCAGUGGUCUAGGAUGGCCAGUGAGGGCGCCAGCAUCCCAAGUCCUGUGGUCCGCCAGAUUGACAAGCAGUUUCUGAUCUGCAGUAUAUGCCUGGAACGGUACAAGAACCCCAAGGUCCUUCCCUGUCUGCACACUUUCUGCGAGAGGUGCCUGCAGAACUACAUUCCAGCCCACAGCUUAACCCUCUCCUGCCCGGUGUGUCGCCAGACCUCCAUCCUGCCUGAGAAAGGGGUGGCUGCAUUGCAGAACAACUUCUUCAUCACAAACCUCAUGGAUGUGCUGCAGCGAUCACCCGGCAGCAAUGGCGAGGAUUCUUCCAUCCUGGAGACGGUCACCGCUGUGGCUGCAGGAAAGCCGCUUUCGUGCCCAAACCACGAUGGGAAUGUGAUGGAAUUUUACUGCCAAUCAUGUGAGACAGCCAUGUGUCGGGAGUGCACCGAGGGGGAGCAUGCGGAGCACCCCACUGUGCCCCUGAAGGAUGUAGUAGAACAGCACAAGGCUUCACUCCAGGUCCAGCUGGAUGCGGUCAACAAAAGACUCCCAGAAAUAGAUUCUGCUCUUCAGUUCAUCUCAGAAAUCAUCCAUCAGUUAACCAACCAAAAGGCCAGCAUCGUAGAUGACAUCCACUCCACCUUUGAUGAGCUGCAGAAGACUUUAAAUGUUCGCAAGAGCGUGCUGCUCAUGGAGCUGGAGGUCAACUAUGGCCUCAAACACAAAGUGCUGCAGUCGCAGCUGGAUACCCUGCUCCAAGGCCAGGAGAGCAUUAAGAGCUGCAGCAACUUCACGGCGCAGGCCCUCAACCAUGGCACGGAGACGGAGGUGCUGCUGGUGAAGAAGCAGAUGAGCGAGAAGCUGAACGAACUGGCGGACCAGGACUUCCCACUGCACCCGCGGGAGAACGACCAGCUGGAUUUCAUCGUGGAAACCGAGGGACUGAAGAAGUCCAUCCACAACCUAGGGACCAUCCUCACCACUAACGCUGUCGCCUCGGAGACGGUGGCCACGGGCGAGGGGCUUCGGCAGACCAUCAUCGGGCAGCCCAUGUCCGUCACCAUAACCACGAAGGACAAAGACGGAGAGCUCUGCAAGACCGGCAACGCGUACCUCACCGCCGAGCUCAGCACCCCCGACGGCAGCGUGGCGGACGGAGAGAUCCUGGACAAUAAGAACGGCACCUACGAGUUCCUGUACACCGUGCAGAAGGAGGGGGACUUCACCCUGUCCCUCAGGCUCUACGACCAGCACAUCCGAGGCAGCCCGUUCAAACUCAAGGUCAUCCGCUCUGCCGACGUGUCCCCCACCACCGAGGGCGUGAAGCGACGCGUCAAGUCCCCCGGGAGCGGCCACGUCAAGCAGAAGGCUGUGAAGAGACCCGCCAGCAUGUACAGCACCGGCAAGCGAAAAGAGAACCCCAUCGAGGACGACCUGAUCUUCCGAGUGGGUACCAAAGGAAGAAAUAAAGGAGAAUUUACAAACCUUCAAGGUGUAGCUGCCUCUACGAGUGGGAAGAUAUUAAUUGCAGAUAGUAACAACCAGUGUGUGCAGAUAUUUUCCAAUGAUGGGCAAUUCAAAAGUCGUUUUGGCAUCCGAGGACGAUCACCCGGACAGCUACAGCGGCCCACUGGGGUAGCAGUGCACCCUAGUGGGGACAUUAUCAUUGCAGAUUAUGAUAACAAGUGGGUUAGCAUUUUCUCAAGUGACGGGAAGUUUAAGACAAAAAUUGGAUCGGGAAAACUGAUGGGGCCCAAAGGAGUCUCUGUAGACCGCAACGGGCACAUUAUUGUGGUGGACAACAAGGCGUGCUGCGUGUUCAUCUUCCAGCCAAAUGGGAAAAUAGUCACCAGGUUUGGUAGCCGAGGAAAUGGGGACAGGCAGUUUGCAGGUACACUCGAUGGUCCCCAUUUUGCAGCUGUAAAUAGCAAUAAUGAGAUCAUCGUUACAGAUUUCCAUAAUCAUUCUGUCAAGGUAUUUAAUCAGGAAGGAGAAUUCAUGUUGAAGUUCGGCUCCAAUGGAGAAGGAAAUGGGCAGUUUAAUGCGCCAACAGGCGUAGCGGUGGACUCAAAUGGAAAUAUCAUUGUGGCUGACUGGGGCAACAGCAGGAUCCAGGUUUUUGAUGGGAGUGGAUCAUUUUUGUCCUAUAUCAACACAUCAGCUGACCCCCUCUAUGGCCCCCAAGGCCUGGCCCUAACUUCAGAUGGCCAUGUUGUGGUUGCAGACUCUGGAAACCACUGUUUCAAGGUCUAUCGGUACUUACAGUAACAGCGGACACCCCUGCACUGAGGUCUUGCACUAGAAACUGGAACAGAGUUUUCAAUGUGGGACCAGAUUACAAUAGGACUUUUCAUACUAGGAAGAACUGCUGGUGGACUUUCCAAGGUUAUUUCUGAAUGUAACAAUUUCCUUAAAAACUGCUUAUCCAAUUUCCGUAAUUCACUUUUAGGAUUUAAAAAGAAUCUCUUCUAUUGAAUCUAUACAAACUGCAAAGUUUUACACCUGUGAACUAUGGCUCAUAGGACAGGGAUUUAUGUAGUUAAACUAAUUUUGCAAAUCAGACAUUAAAAAGAAUUAGCAUAUCUGUUGACCAGUGAAUGAAUGGUAGCCUUUGCAUCGAGCUUCCAAGAACAAAACUUGUAGUUACCUAUUUUAUUUAACUUUGGUCACAAGACCCAAGGGACCUUCUAACCUCACUUUUACAGUAGAUGUUAUUACUCUGGUGACAUUUUGUUGUUUUGGUUAUCAACAACCACAUAUAAAUGACUUUAGAAAAAUCUAAGGCUGUCUUGCAAGAUCCUCCCAGCUCUGACUCAGGGCCCUCUUGAGUUGAGCCCAUCAGAAUCAAUGCAAAUUUCCCAACCUUUCUGGGUUUGAUCAAAGAUCUUUUUUGUGUGUUCUCCUCACCUUCUCUUUCUGCUCACCUUGCAUCAGAAAAUGAAAUAUAUUUUCAGGAAAGCCUGAAAUUCCUGAUGCUUCAGAAGGCAUAUGGCAAAAGCAAGGGGGACCCUUUGGUUGCUAGCCUCAGAUCAACACACUGGAAUGUAACCAAGAGAACUCAUGUUCAUGCGCCAUGUGUUCACAUGUCUUUCCUCUUCCACAUCACGAAAGCGAAAGCUUUACCUCCUGCAAAAUGUCAGCACAUGUAGUCGGACACCAGUGUCCUAGGACAGAGAGCCAUAAGCAGCCCUUUGGAGGACAAGAUGGUGUGAACCAAAGGCAUGUGAUUGAUUAAUGAUUUCCCCUUAGAGAGCAAGUGUUACCAAAGUUCUGUUGAGCAUUACAGGUAUGGGCAUGUUAUGGUUAUUUAUCAUUGUUUAAUGAAUAGUAGAGGCAUUAAGGGACAAGUAUACAUGGUUAAGGUAAGAUAGAAUGUAUGAUACAUAUUAUAUAAGUAUAUAUAUAUAUAUAUAGUUGAAUCCUUGGUGUGUGGAAAUAGGCAGCACUCUGACAGACAGAAGCAUUGCCCAGCCAUCCUUCAGCACAUUCCCUGGCUGCUGCAAUUUGAAGCUGUCCUUGCGAAGGAGCCCCACAGCGGGUGUAAACGUUGCCACUUUCCAGCAUGAUGGUGAUGCCCACCUUCCAGGCAGCAAAUGGCCUUCUUUUGCUUUCAAGAAAAAAAGGAAGAAAGAAAACAAGAAAAAGACGUCUUGAAAAACUGAGUUUGAGUUACCUUUAAGUAUAAAUGCAUUUUUGAGAAACAUUACCUGUCACGGAUACUGUAAAAUAAGACGUGGUCUGUUUCCACUGGUGAAUUUUCUACUCAGUUCUACCAAACAGGAAAAUUGUGUUUGACAUGUUUGAUGAUGGCUUUGGGGUUUUUUUUUUUUCAUUGAAAGCACCUUAGGUAUUUACUGUAAGAAAACACUUCCCUUACAUACAUAUGAUGGUGUUUAUGGCUUGUUAUCUUAAAAUUCUAAUGUUCUUGAUACAGGAGUGUUAAAAAAUUUAGAAGGGAAAAUCUAACUACCUCCAAUGGUCUAUUUAAUUUAUUAUGUCCACAUCAACACCUAGGGGAAAACUUUAUUUUCAGAAGACUUACAUUUGGGUUUAGCUUAUUAUUAUUUUAGUUCUGUGGAGUUUUAAAAAUUCAAGCCUGUCAGUGAUUAGACAUAAAAUUCAAUACCUGUUUAAGAAGUGAUAAAAUAAGAUUGCUUCUGAAUACCAUGGAAUAAGUUUUGACUUUAUGUAUUUUUUUUCUUCAUUUUGGGUAUGGAACCCUUGGCCUCAGAAAUGCUUAAGCAAGAGCUCUAUUGCUAGGCUGUUCCUGCAGCCCAAGCAUUCAGUAUGAACUUCAAUAUUUGUAUCGACAAACUUCCUACCAAGGGCCAGGACUGCAUCUAGGCACUGGGACCUGAGGGAUGUGGGAAAGAGACAGGCAUCUCUGUCCUCUUAUAGCUUAUAUUCUGGCGAGGGGGAUUCUGUAGUGCUGUUUAUUAAUAGUCUGCCUGCAGGAUUAUUUCUGGGCUAUUUCAAAGAAAGGUUUUUUUUUUUUUUUAAGUGAGUAAAUUAAUUUUAGUUAAUUUCCACAAGCAGAAAACAUUUUUUUUUUUUUUUAAAGAAUUUGCCACAGGUUUUUUGUUUUU